UUAUUCUUGUUAAUUUGUGCCUUCCACUGGUGUAAUUUAAGUUAAAGGCAUUCGUUCGAAAGUUGUUUGCUAUGCUUUAUAGUUCGUUUUGUACGCUAUCUUCCCUUCUUGAUAAUAAUGAUUUUUAUAGACUUGUCCUUAUAACGAGAAACAUGUUAAUUGUAUUUAAGGCUCCUUGGUAUUCGCAUCUCUUUUUAAUAUCAGAAGUGAGAAAACUUAUGUUAAAAAUUCUUGUGAAAUACGUCAACAUAAAGAUAUAUCCACAAAAUGACACUUGCAAUCGGUUAAACACACCUCUAAUGGACCUUCUAUAAUAAGCCAUUAAUCAUAAGUCAUAGGCAAGUUAAUCAACACAGUCGAUUAUUUUUGAAAAUAAUCGAUCAAUUCACUUGCGGCUUAUGACUAAUAGUUUAUUGUAGAAGGUUUAUAUAAAAUAUUUCAAACAUUCUCUCCUCCUUAAAAAAAACUCCUUUUAUUCUAACAAUCAAUAAUCCUAAAACGUCAUGACAUGUAACUGUUUCUUAACCGUCUUUUACCUAAUUUUCUCAUUAUUCUUUCAUAUUAAUUUUAUUUAUUGACUGUUAGAACAUUUAUUAAUUUUUGAUUGAACAUUAUUUAUUAAUUAUUUAUUGAUUGUUAGAACAAAAGGGAAGUGUACGGAAUAUUUUAGAGGUAUGCUUAAUUGACCUCAAGUGUCAUUUUGUGGAUAUAUUUUUUUAUCUGGAUGAAUUUCGCAAGAAUUUUUAACAUACAUUUUUUCGCUCCUGACAUUAAAGAGAGAUUAACGACACGAGUACUUAGAAGUCUUAAAUUCAAACUCCGAAAUCUAUAUAUGUAAAUACACGUGCGUAUAAGACAGGGGGAUGCCAUACACCGCAAGUUAUUUAAGGUUAGGUUCACCAACAGUAACGGUCGGUAAAUUUUACUUGAAAAAGUCAACGAUUACAAAAGCUUGCACACACACGAAUUUCCAUACAAGGAAUACAGUACAAAGUUAGAUUUCUUGAUUUUGAAAAAAAUUAAUGAUAUUCGCUCUAAGGUCAUUAAUAUAUAACAAGAUGAAUGUACGUUGUUUACUACGAUUGUGUUCCACUGUUACACGUGUUAAUUUUAACAAACAUAGAUUUUAUUGUAGCAGAAACGUAUUAAAACUUCACGAAAGAGGCAUGUACGAGGAUAUAUUUCCCAAUAUUAGUGCAAACGAAAUAAUAGAAUUAUUGAACAAAUCACCACAGUGUGUCUAUGCUGGAUUUGAUCCAACAGCAGAUAGUUUACACAUUGGUAACUUACUUAUCUUGAUGAAUCUGUUACACUGGCAGAGAGCAGGACAUCAAGUUAUAGUCUUAGUAGGAGGAGCUACAGGUUUAAUAGGUGAUCCUAGUCAUAGAAAAUCUGAACGUGUUGAAAUAGAAAAAUGUGUAAUUGAGGAAAAUGUCAAAUCUAUUAUGAAGAAUAUAAAGACUGUGUUUAAUAAUCAUGAGAAUUAUUUCUGGAAAUAUAAACAAGAGAAUCUGAAGCCCCCAAUUAUGGUAAACAAUAUAGAUUGGUAUACAGAUGUAAAUAUCAUUGGAUUCAUAAGAGAUAUUGGAAAAUAUCUUAGGAUGGGUACAAUGCUGGGCAGAACUUCUGUUCAGGCACGAUUGAACUCUGACACAGGAAUGAGUUUUGCUGAAUUUACCUAUCAAGUAUUCCAAGCAUACGAUUGGUUGCAAUUGAUGAAAAAAUACAACUGCUGCUUCCAAAUUGGUGGAAGUGAUCAAAUGGGUAAUAUUAUGUCUGGAUAUGAUCUUAUUACAAAGAGUACAAGAAAACAAGUUUAUGGCAUUACGUUACCGCUCGUAACGGCCGAAGGCGGAAAGAAGUUUGGCAAAUCUCUUAUGAACGCAAUAUGGUUGUCUCCAAUGAGAUCUUCAAGCUUCCAAUUAUACCAGUAUUUUAUUAGGACUAAAGAUUCUGAUGUUAAAAAAUUUUUGAAACUGUUUACGUUUCUGACGCUGGAUAAAAUUGACGAAAUUGUGAAUGAACAUAUGAAUAAUCCAGAACAGAGAGUAGCACAAAAAUUACUAGCGCAACAAGUUACACUUCUAGUGCAUGGAGAGGAAGGAUUGCUCGCGGCAAAACGUGCCUCUGCAGCAUUGUAUGAUAAAUCAAUUGAAUUCCUUGCAAGAAUGAAUGCAGCAGAACUGACGGACUUAUUUGAAGGUGCGACUAUAGUGGAUGUUUUGUCUGAGCCAGGACUUACUGUGUAUGAUCUAGCAAGAAAAGCAAAGUGCUUUAAAAGCGACAAUGAUGCAGAACGAAUCAUAGCAGCGGGUGGAUUUCAUAUAAACCAUCAAAAAGUUACUAAUUUGGACGAAGUACUUGUACCUGGCAUACAUAUAUUAAGUAAUAAUAUAUCAUUACUCAGAGUCGGUAAGAAAACUUAUCACAUAGUAAGAUGGCAGUGAAGUUGUAGGAAAUGUACAAUAUAAAAGUAUAUAAUAAACAGAAUUCUUUGAUAUAUUCAAAAAAUUGAUAAUCGUUUAAUGUAAAAUCAAUAAUUUUCCUCCCUCUUUUUGAUAAGUGGGAAGAUUAUCACGGAAGAUAUUUGUUAUAAAC